AUGUCCAGUUCUACUACUCUUGAAAGUUUGAAGGAUGAGUUUACGUCUUACGGAACAGUGCUUCAUGCAAAGAUCGAACAAAAAUCAGAUGAUGAGUUCUUUGGUUUUGUGAAAUACGAAAAUCCGGAUCAUCAUUUUGGUGCGAUUACUCAUCUCAACGGUAAAGUAGUUGACGGUAAAGCGUGGACAGUCAGUCACGUGUACAAAAUGGAGAACAAAUUGGAGAGACAUGAUCGUAUCAAAGAAGCAAUGGACGAGGAACGUGUCUUGUAUGUUAGUAACUUGUGCUGUCAAGUGAAAGAUAGCGACUUGGAGAAUGUUUUUGGUGGUUUUGGUGAUGUGAUUGCUUGCCAUAUUAGGAGGCAUCAUGAUGGUAGAAGCAAAGGAGAUGCAUUUAUUGAAUAUGCUACGAAAGAGUCAGUGGUUAAAGCAAUGAGUGCCAUGGAAGGGAAGAGCAUUUGGGGAAGACGUAUCUACUUGGGGUUAGGUAAGAUCAAUUGA